UCCAUUCCUUGAUACAUGAAUUAUUUUCGUUGUUUUCUUGUCACCUUUUCUAUGUUUAAUUGUUUUUAUUUCAAACAAUCAAAUGGACAUACAAAGCCUAUUCACGCUGUUUGCUGGGAUCCUUCAGGAGAAUAUCUGGCUUCUGUUAGUGAGGACUCUGUUAGAGUUUGGACACUUGGAACUGGGAGUGAAGGGGAUUGUGUUCACGAGUUGAGUUGCAAUGGCCACAAAUUCCAUUCUUGUGUUUUCCAUCCCACAUAUUCUUCAUUGCUGGUCAUUGGCUGUUACCAGAGUCUUGAGCUUUGGAACAUGAGUGAGAACAAGACGAUGACUCUUCAAGCGCAUGAUGGACUGAUUGCCAGUUUGGCUGUAUCAACUGUGACGGGGUUGGUUGCCUCAGCUAGCCAUGACAAGAUUGUUAAGCUCUGGAAGUGAUGUUAGCUAAAAUUUCGCUUUUGCUUUCCGGACUUGUUUUUUUGCAGUUUCUCAUGAAAAUAUUAGUAUGUGCCUAUCUUGAUAGAGCUACUUUCAUUUUUGUGUUUUUUUAACUGUAUUUUGUAUCACUACACUCUCCAACUCCAUAUAACCCUAUCACUAAGAAAUUAAUCCUCUAGUACUGUUGAUGUUUCUUUGUCUGUUAAAUGUGGAAGAUCUGAUCUUGCUGGACUGUUUCUGUAA